AUGGUCGUAAUGGCGGUGGUGGUGGUGGUGGUGGUGGUGGUAGUGACCGUAAUGGUGAUCGUAGUCGCAGCUCGGGUCGAUCAGGGAAUCGGCAAGUCGGCUAACUACGCCAGGCUCUCGGUCUAUAAUACUGCCGGCGCUACAGAAGCUGAACUGGUCGACGCCCUGACAGAGCUUGGUGGCGGCAAGUUUCGCUUGGUCGAGGCGGAUGUCCAGCCGCAUCGGGCCUUUCUGGUCGUCGCCUCAAAGGCCGAUGCUGACCGCAUCAUCAAGGCUCACGAGAAGCCGUUUCGCGGGAAGAAGCUCUCCAUUCGCAUCCAGCCCGAUCCGUCGACCGCAAGUACUCCGGCUGACGGAGCGGGUUCGUCGGGAGAGUCGCGCAAGUCGGCUCGCGGCCAGCCCGAGAGCGGGGGCAAGUCCAGCACUCGCGGCGGGAAGAAGCUGAACGAGGACCAGGUCGCCGCUCUGGAAAAGUACAUUGCCGACAUGUUCAAUGCAGAGACCGGCAUGCUCAACCUCAAUGGCAUGUCCGACGCUCCGCAGCUCGCCGACGUCCCGGUCUCGUUUGCCGCCAAGUCGUUUACCUAUGCGCUCCUGCAGGGCAUUGCCAAGCGGGCGCACGGCACCGUCUCGCUCUCGCUCGAUUCGAACCGCAUCUCCUGGCUCUCCAACCUCCGCGAGCUUGACCAGUACGCGCCGGCGCUGCUGCAUCUCUCGCUGGCCGGAAAUGAGAUCGGCAGCGUCAAUGAUCUCGAAUCACUCUCCAAGCUCGAGGCGCUCGAAGUCCUCAACCUGGCCGACAAUCCUGUCGCCGCCGCCACCGCCUCGCGCUUCGACUACCAGUCGGACGUCACAGCCUUCUUCCCCAACCUCAAGUGGCUCGACAACAUUCCGGUUGAACCGCUCGUCACCUUUGCGCUCCCCCCGGGCCUCCUCGACUCGGCGCCGGUCAACAUCAGGACGCUCGAAGCACAAGGCUCGUACGCCGACUCGCCGUCGACAACCGACAUCGUAGGCGCUUUCAUCGCUCGCUACUUUGAGUGCUACGACGGCGACCGAAGCCAGCUCCUUGCUGCCUACAACGAGUCGGCCUGCAUGUCGCUCUCGGUCACCCAUCCCGACGUCAACGGCCGCACCCCGCCGGGCAUCCGUGACUACGACGAGGCCGCACGCUCGCUUAGUGAGACCUCGCUCGAUGUUCUCACCUCCCGUCUGCACUCGACAAACAUUGCCAUCAUCUCGUUCCUCCGCUCCAUCCGCGCCACCGUCCACGACCCGUCGUCGUUCAUCGUCGACACCGCUGUUGUGCCUGUCGCUGCCACCUCGGAGCCCAUGGUCACCGUCUCCAUCCACGGCGUCUUCCGCGAGGCCGACGAGAAGCAGAUGCUUCGUGGCUUUGACCGGACCUUCAUCAUUGCCGCCUCGCCGCCCGGCUCGCGCGCCGCCGCCUUGGGCUGGCCUGUCGUCAUCCUCAACGACAUGCUGCACAUCCGGUCCACGGGCUUUGCCUACUAG